ACAAAAAUAAUACGAAAACCACAAGACUCUCAGCCACAAGUUUUACAAACCACAAGACUACAAGAGACGCUCACCAUGAAGUUGUUGAUGUAUCUAGCCGUGGUAGUCACGGACAUUCUUCUCUGUCAAGCAACCGGUGAAGACUACGAAGAGACCGCUUGCCUUGAUUGUCAACAGUUGUUGCUAAAACAAAAUAAAAUCAUCAACCAGCUGAGUCAAAAGUUCCAAAAGUUUGAGGCCAAGCCGGCUACGGGAAAAGAAUGGACACUGGCGUUUCGUGGCACAGCUUACGUAGGAAAAUCUGUUUACGCCGCCUAUAAGGACGGUACUGGGAUCCCAAGUGAGGUGGAACCCGGAUGUAAACAGGUCACCGCCCCCCUACCCUGCAACAACCACUACAGGAACUCAGAAGUCUUCGACAACUGGGACAGAGUUAAUGAGGUCGCCUUCGUCGUGUACUCAAACUACAAGAGGGUCAAGGAGAUUUUGUUUGAUGGCACAAGUACAACAUACAUGACCUGGUUCGACAAACCCAAGGUCAAGUUCUCAACCUGGACCAAGGUCAAGACAGAAACCACUAACAUCUUUGGCAUUGCCGGCGAUAUCCGACCCAAUCUAUCCAGGGCUUUCUUCAUCAACAAUGUCUACGGUGGAUGUCCGGCAGACAAGGGAUGGUUCGUGGCUGUGGACAAGUCAGAGACCGGCUCAUGCGCGUGGGAGAAAGCCGAUAGGCUACCGGUCUUCAAGUACUCACGACAGAGUAGCCCUGAGAACUGGAACACUGGUGACGUGGCUAAUGCUGACAUGUUCGCCAUCUUCGUUAAAUUUUACGACACUCCUUGAAGUGGUUGAUUUAACGAUCCAGAUGUGGUCAAAUUAAUUAAU